AUGGUCGGUUCUCUAUUAGAUCCUAUUAGGAGUGCCUUCAGUGUCGACAUUUGGUUCUCUAGUGUUCCUACUAGGAGAGAAACUGGAAGACUGGAGCUUGAACAAGAGCUAAAUACAUACAGCAAGUCAGACAGUCGACUGGCAAACCUGAGAGCACAAAGGCUACAGACACAUUGGAAGAAGAUUUGUGAGGAGGAGAAGAGGAGAAGGAAGAGGAAUGAGCAGCUGAUCAGGGACUUUGAGAGAGUGGAGAACCACAUGAAGGCACUCAAUGCACGAUCACAGAAUCUACAAGUCAUGAAGAACCAGUAUGAAGAGUACAUUGACAGGAUGUAUCCACGAUGGAAAGAACAGGUGAAACUUUGGAAAUAUCAAAAAGAGACACAAAAACAAGUUCAGCCUCAACCUGUAGUUCAGAAUUUGUUCACAGAAAUGAGUCUUGGUCCCCUGUCCAUACCUUUAAACCAGACUGGACAGUAUGACAAGUCCCUCAAUACAGUACUUCAGCAAAAUGAUCCAUCCAUGAAUGCUCAUCUUCAACAAAAUGAUUCUUCACUCGAUCCUCAACUCCAACAAAGUGAUUCUUCCAUGAACCCAAGUCAUCUGGAAGAAGCAUCCCAAGAACAAUUGUUGAAAGAACAAUUAAAGCUAAAGGAGCUUAAAAUACAACAACUUCUACAACAAAAGAAUGCUGAGGUCCAAUUAAUACAACAAUUACAACAACAGAAGCUUCAGCAAGGAUUGGCAGAUUCAAGAAUAUCUUCAUCCAUGAACUCUCAAAAUACAAAUGCUCAAAAUCUAACUCGGGGAGAUCCUUAUCAAAACAGCCAUCUGGCCUCAAUGUCCAAUACAAAUCAAAGUGCCCAGUUUAGCACACAGUAUCAAAUGGGGAGCUCAGGUCUACAAACAUUAACAGAUAUAACUCAAGGUUCAACUGGUAUGAACUUUAAUGUAAGUGGCAAACAAGGGGGCAUGAUCGAUACGUUGGGAGCCACUAUGCAAAGUCAGUUCUCCACGAUGCCCCAGGGUGCUUAUACCAUCACAACUGAGCCUCCUACACCAUUGACAAAUCCACAUAACAAGACAGCUGAUUCAUCAGAUGAGAGUCUCGGAGUUAGCUCUAUAGAGGAUAAAGAACAGGAAGCUUUUAUAGCAAGUCUUAAACUCCCCUCUAAAGAAUCAAGCCCCAGGAAGAUGAACUCAGCUCAUAGUGAUGACAGAGUAGACCAUAUACCUCCGAAGGGCCCUGCUAAACAAGCAAGCCAAAGUUCCAUAGCUAGUGGUCCUACACACUUUGAAGUGAGUGAGAAAGUUGGUAGUACCCCCUCCCCUGGUGCUGCUGCCUACAGAGAUGACCAAGAAGUAGAUCAGUUUGAUGAUGAUUUGAGUCUCCCCCUCAGCCCUGAUGACCACCCUACCUCCAAGAGUCUUCCUAAAAAGUCUGUCACCCCCAGGGGAAUGCAGCACCCCCCUAGAGCAACCACCCCAGAGAGUUUAAGAGGGAAGCAAACGACACCCAGGGGAUCUAAAAGCUCAAUUACAAGCCCAAGAUCUGAGGUAGCUGUAACAAGCAGUAGCCCAGGACCUGUGCUGUCAUAUGAAGGACUCUACUGUGUGUUUGAAAAACUCAGAGAUGACUUUGGGGUGACUUUCAAUGAAGCCAGCUAUUUCAGGUCACCCCCUCUUCCUGCUGAUAGAGUGAAUGAAAUCGUUGAUGUUGUGAAUGCCAGUGGAAGUAAGGGGCUGGAAGACUUGGAUUGCAUUGAUUUUGGAGUGGAUCUAAGCAUGCUGGUCUUGCAACAGCUUCCUUUGAUCAUACAGACCUUGCAGGGAGGGUGUAUAUUGUCAGAUAAAGCAGUUAACCCUCCUAUACCUGCAACUAGUGAGGCAAAUAUCAGAGGUUAUAUUUAUUCAUCAGAUCUGGACCUCUGGGACCAUGUGUUUGGUCACAUGACCAGUAUUGUGAAGUGCAACAUCAUGAACAGUGAUGAGACUGCUAGUAUAUUCGCUCCAUUGCUGAUAUCUAAAAAGUCUAAACUAGAAACUAAGGCCUCAAACACUCUCGCAGUGUUGUUGAAGAACGCUUAUAUGGAUGACUCUGAUGUCACAGAUACCUCCUCUGUCUCAUUACCCACAAUGCCUGCAACAGUAAAGAACUCUACUCUCAGUGGCACGAUUGAAGCAAUAGGAGAUGACACAUUGGGGAAGUCAAACAACAAACCAAAAGUUCCACCACUGAACUUAGGUAGUCCCCCUGUAGAGGAUGAAGAUGAGAGUUCUGAAGAUGACUCCUAUAACCAGACUGUGCCACAACAAUCCAAAGUGCCUUUGACAGAGACAGCAGCUUAUCGGUCUAUGCUAGCUGGCACCAUGACAUCAACAACAAGACAAGAAAGUGAUGUGGAUUCAGAUAGCAGUGAUGAUAUUGAGGCUCAACUUGGAAGUCAGAGUCAUAAGUCCUCAAAUCAGAAAAACAAUGCUGAUCGGUCCCUGGGUGGUACAGGGAGCCUUGGUUUGAGUUAUGGUUCCAACACAAUAGAUGUAUCCCCAACACCCAGCGUGGAGACUAGACGUUCAUCUGUGAAAACUGAUGCCCUUUCACCCAACCAGUCUCCCCUGCCUUCACCAAUGGAGCCUUAUGUACCAACAGCCAUGGAGAAAAGUGGCAAGUCAACCAUGUCCAGUUUUAGUGGUUUAGGAUCAACAGGAGGGAAGAAGAAGCCUGCGUACAUGAUGGGAGCGGACUCUGACCUAGACUCAGAUUACGAUAUAGACAUCCCAAUGGGAAACACAGGCCUAGCUAAGGUCACCAGUAAGCCCAACAAAAAGGAGGAUAAUGAUGAGGAAGAUGAUUUUGACUUUUAUGGCUAAUUUGUGAGCAUUGGGAUAUAUUCAUAACCUCUCUCUGAUCAGAGGGACAUCACAUUCUGGGAAGAGAGAAGUGUUACUUAAGUGUUCAACAUGGGCUCAAGAUAUGCGAUGAGAGAAGUGUGACAAUAUUAAGUAUUCAACAUGGGCUCAAGAUAUGUGAUGAGAGAAGUGUGACAAUAU